UACAAUCGAAGACUCCAUGGUUGAACUUAAGCAUAAUGCACAAACUUCAAAACACAAACACUUCUCCUUUAUUCUAAAAUCUUUCAUAUCAUAAUUGGUCAAACUUUUUUUUAAAUGAAUUGACAUUAUUUGUUUUUACUUUAUGCUUUACAAUGAAUAAUAUCCAUGAAUCUUAAAAUAUAUUAACAUUUUUGCAAAACUAACUGAUUUUGAAUGAGAUGAACUAUAAGAAUUAAACGAACAUAUAUAUCAUGCAUAUAUGACUUAAAACUUACAUGCUAUAGUGUGGUAUUUAUUUAUAAUUUGGUUAUCAAAUCUUAUGCGUGUAAUGCACGUGUACCUUACUAGUAAAGCGUAUGUACACACAUGUACCAAACAUCUGCGUCUCAGAAUGCUCCUAUUAUAUCACGCGUUUCCUCCAGUAUAUAUCUCCCGCGCAACCGAUUCCACGCAGCGCACGCACACACGCCGAACCAACCAUCACAACUCUCAUUCCUUGCACUCUGUCUUCGCCUUUAUCCUAUCUCUGGCUCUCUUCGGCAUGGGGAACUUCGCGUCCUGCACGCUGGCCAGGAUCCCCGGGGCGGCCAAGGACGUCAGGAUCGUGCUCCCCGAUGGCGGGCUGAGGCUGGUCAGGCCCCCGGCGACGGCGGCGGAGCUGAUGCUCGAGGCGCCGGGCCAUUUCCUGGCCGACGCGAGCGCGCUGCAGGUGGGGCGCCGGAUCGAGGCGCUUGCGGCUGACGAGGAACUCGAGCUCGGGGGAGUCUACGCCGCCUUCCCCAUGAAGCGGCUCGGCUCCAAGGCCGCGCCCGCCGACGUGGCGCGCCUGGCUGCCGUUUUCGCCAGGGAAGCUCACGUCCGGAGGCCUGCCUCGGCCAAGGUAGCGGCCAUCGUCGUGGCGCCGCCUGAGGUGGCUUCCGUUGCCGCCGAGGCGGACCUCGCGCCGGUCAGGGCGCCGCGGUUGGAUGAGAUGGCCGUGGACGACGAGGCGGCUGCGGCGGAGAUCGGGGAGCUCAAGCAACAGAUUAGCGGCAGUCGCCUGUCGAGGCGGCGACCGACGUUGGAGACCAUACAGGAGGAGAGCUACGCCGCACUAGCAUGCUAAUGCUACAAGUCAAGUGGCCAUCUAACAAACGGUUAACAUUUGAGAAAGCAUAGGCUUUCCUACACCCCCUUAUCUAGCCACUUAUUUUUUCAUCGCGAUUCGUGCGAGUAUAUUUGUCUUUUUUGUUUCUCCCAUAUAGAACAACAUAUGAACUUCAAACUUGGCAGCUCAA